AUGAAGCUUCAGCCAUGGUCAAUCCGAGUCUGGACGCGACUCCCACGUUCAUGCUAUAAUCACUCCAUUGUUAGAAACUUUUCCAUUUCCUCACACUCUCAAUACCGACCUCUCGACAUCCUCGAAAAUGCCACCCUAGACACCUUCCAGGGGCGAUGCUUCCUUCCUGAACAACCAGCGAUUCUCCCACGAUCUACCUUCCAAGACCUUCUCGCAUUAAAAAGAUGGUUCAAACGCGGAAGUCCCGGAUCAACUCCGAGCACCUCAAACCCCGUCGAAAGCCUGAACGUGGAAUAUCUCUACAAACACGGUGCCGACGCGUUUGUCCCACUCGAGCUCACGGAAUCCACAUUGACGGACGCCACAGCCGAACCCGACGGCGGGACAACGGAAAUGCAUAGCUUUCGGCAAUUCCAUGCGCCGCUCUCUUUGUUCCUCGACUGGAUGCGUACGGCCGAGGCCACUCCCCAAUCAACACGGCUCUACCUAGCACAAUGCCAGCUCCUCGACCUCCCUCCCGUACUUCGAGAAGAUUUCCCGACGCCGGAUCUCGUGGCGCGCGCGGGCAAGGGCGAUGUAUACGAUACGAAUGUGUGGAUUGGACACCCGCCCACAUACACGCCGCUCCACCGUGACCCGAACCCGAACUUGUUUGUCCAGCUGGCUGGGGAAAAGAUUGUGCGGCUGCUUGCGCCAGCGGAUGGGCAGGCUGUGUUUGGGGCCGUGAGGAGGAAGCUAGGGAAGAGUGGGAGUCGGGAGGCGGCGGCUUUUCGGGGCGAGGAGAUGAUGCAGGGGACAGAAAGAGCGUUGUUGGAUGAGAUGGUCUGGGGGACUCCGGUGUCUGCUGCUUCAGAUGCUGGGGUUGGUUUCGAAGCGUGCGUUCGGUCUGGUGAUGGGUUGUUCAUUCCCAAGGGGUGGUGGCAUAGUAUUAAGGGUGUUGGUGGGGGUGUGACUGCUUCGGUCAACUGGUGGUUUCGAUAA